UGCCACGGGGCAGCCGAGGCGGCCCGAGGUCCCCCAACCCCCGUCCAGCUCCAGAUCCGGGAUCCCAGGGCCGGCUACCGCACCCCGAACUCUCUGGGCCAGAUGGGGGAUCUUCGUCAAGAUCCAGCCUCCGAGCCCGAAUCGGUGUUCCCGAGGGAGGUCGGGCUCUUCGCUGACUCUUACUCGGAGAAGAGCCGGUUCCGUUUCUGUGGGCACGUACUGAGCAUCACGCAGAACUUCGGGUCCCGCCUUGGGGUGGCAGCGCGCGUGUGGGAUGCGGCUCUGACCCUGUGCAACUAUUUCGAAAAUCAAAAUGUGGAUUUCCGAGACAAGAAGGUGAUCGAACUAGGCGCGGGGACCGGCAUCGUGGGGAUCUUGGCGGCGCUGCAGGGGGGGGAUGUUACCAUCACUGACCUGCCCCUGGCCCUAGAACAGAUCCAGGGCAACGUCCAGGCCAAUGUGCCAGCUGGAGGCCGGGCCCGGGUCUGUGCCUUGUCCUGGGGGAUCGAUCAACAUGUCUUCCCUGGCGACUAUGACUUGGUGCUGGGGGCUGAUAUCGUGUAUCUGCAGCCCACCUUUCCACUGCUGCUGGGGACCCUCCAACACCUGUGUGGGCCCCAAGGUACCAUCUAUCUGGCCUCCAAGAUGAGAGAGGAGCAUGGGACAGAGAGCUUCUUUCAGCACCUCCUGCCCCAGCAUUUCCAGCUGGAGCUGGCCCAGCGGGAUGAGGAUGAAAAUGUCAACAUCUAUAGGGCCAAGCACAGGGAACCAAGACCUGCUUGAUGUCACCCUUCUCCGAACUCCUUGUCUAAAUGAAGAAACGGCCAUAUCUUCAAAGCCAGGAACAUGAGGACCAAAAAGGAUGGAUUUCCCUUACUUUUCUCUUUUCUCCUUCCCUCUUAGUUCUCCCAGAUACUUUUGGGUUGAUGCAGGGAGGUGCCUGCUUGCUAGGAAUCCUUGAGCCCCAGCAGCACUGGGUUAGAGCAGAAAGGAAGUUCCCGGCUCCUGUUCUCAGCAAAGGAUGAUGGGAGGAUAGCCAGGGUUUUCAGUAGGGAAAGGGAAGGUAAAUGGGAUGCGAGAGCAGUGACUGCAGAGAGACUGUCGUUGAUCACUUCCAGUCCUGUUGUCUUUUUAUACAGAAUAGAUUUUUUUUUUUGCCAGAUUCUACUGGAAUAUUUUUUAUCCUCACCAAAGGGCAUUUUGUUGUUGUUGCUGAUUUUAGAGAGAGGGGAAGGGAGACAGAGAAAUAUAGGUGUGAGAGAAACAUCGACUGGCCGCCUUCUGCACACUCCUGGACCAGGGAUCGUAUGUCCCUGGACUGGGGAUGGAACCCACAAUCUAUGUAUGUGCCCUGACCGAGAAUUGAAGGAAGACGGUCCAGCCAACUGGGCCACACUAGCCAGGGCUCUACUGGAAUAUUUUUUAAAGGGAAAGAAACAUGAGCAUUAAAGAUCUCUUCUGCAUCCAAAGAACGCAGGCUUUUUGUUUGGGUUUUGGGAAGUAAGAAGUCCCAGACCACUCACUUCUUGCUUCUAGAGAUACUCUGGUGGGAUUGUGGCUCUGACUGGGUCAAGUCCUCCCAGGCCUGGAGCUGGGGAUAGGCAGCAGAGCUAUCCUUUGGCCUGUAGUUUCUUCAUCCUUUUUGGAGUUGGGGCCUUGAUCACUAAGUACUAGGUUGUUCAUUUGAUUUUUAUCUAGGUUUCCAAGUCCUGUCAGCCCUUCCUUCCCAAUGUGUUUUGCCUUCACCUCUUUUCUCUUCCCACUGUAGUAACUCUGGUUGGGGCUAUCCUUACUCCUUGGGCCACAUAUCACUUCCUCUGGCCUCCAGGCCUCUAACUCUUGUGAUUUUCUAAAAUCAGCCCUGAUUACCUUCUGCUGUUGCCUACAGAAGCAAGAAUAAGCUCCUCUGCUUGGUACUCAGUCUAUCCUGUGUAAUCCCAAAUUACCCUUGAUUUCAUUUCCUACUGAUUUCUAAAAUGUGUUGCAACCUUGGGCCAAAUUAUAAAAGGUCUAUUCUUUGUUCCCUAAAUGUACACCAAGAUUCCCUGACUUCUUUCUUCAUUCUAUUUGAUGAUUCCCUUUCUGAAAGGUCUAUUUGUGUUUGUCAGAAUCUUCAUUACUCUUAGUCUUUAUUCUGAAAAAAAAGCUUUUUCUGACCCUUAUGUUUGGAUGUGAUUUCUUUCUCCUUUAACAUCCUUUAAAUGUUCAUCUUAUGAGACUUACCUUAUCUUGUGUAGUCAGAUGUCUGCUCCCUAUUUUCUCACCAUUAGAUUACUUUGGAGCGUAGGGCUGUGGUUUGCUUAUUUCUAAUUCCCUGAAGCUUUGGCACAGUUUCUGGCACACCGUAGUGUUCAACAAAUAGCUUGCUCAUUUAAACAAGUAUUUAUUGGGUUUGUUGACGGGACCGAGCCCCCACCUCCCUAGGCAACCCCUGGCAAAUUUCUGGAUCCAUCCACCUACCUCACAAUUUUGUCUUAAGUCAAAAAUGGUUAAUGAAUAUGAAAGAGCAUUGGAAAUAAAGAAACGAAGUGU